AAGCAGUAAGGGAGAUGAGACUGUGUACUCAGAACUAAAGCAGGACACAGAUAAAGAUGUUGCUGCUGGACCGAGUGAUGUGACUUAUGCUGAAACUGUACUAAAAAAACUAAAGAAACCAAAGAAAAAGCCAGGAAAGAGCAGUAAGGGAGAUGAGACUGUGUACUCAGAACUAAAGCAGGACACAGAUAAAGGAAAGAGCAGUGAGGGAGAUGAUAAUUUGUACUCAGAAGUGAAGAACAACACAGAUAAAGAUGCUGCCGCUGGACCAAGUGAUGUGAAGUGUGUUAAACCUGAACCGAUAAAACCAAAGAAGAAACUUUUUUCUUUAUUUAAAGGAAAGAGCAGUGAGGGAGAUGAUAAUUUGUACUCAGAAGUGAAGAACAACACAGAUGAAGAUGCUGCCGCUGGACCAAGUGAUGUGACGUGUGUUAAACCUGUACCGAUAAAACCAAAAAAGAAACUUUUUUCUUUAUUUAAAGGAAAGAGCAGUGAGGGAGAUGAUAAUUUGUACUCAGAAGUGAAGAACAACACAGAUGAAGAUGUUGCUCCUGGACCAAGUGAUGUGACUUGUGUUAAACCUCAACUGAUGCAGAAACCAAAGAAAAAUCAAGGAAAGAGCAGUGAGGGAGAUGAUAAUUUGUACUCAAAAGUGAAGAAGAACACAGAUAAAGAUGUUGCUCCUGGACCAAGUGAUGUGACUUGUGUUAAACCUGAACUGAUGAAGAAACCAAAUAAAAAUCAAGGAAAGAGCAGUGAGGGAGAUGAUAAUUUGUACUCAAAAGUGAAGAAGGACACAGAUAAAGAUGCUGCCCCUGGAUUGAGUGAUGUGACUUGUGUUAAACCUGAACUGAUGAAGAAACCAAAGAAAAAUGAAGGAAAGAGCAGUGAGGGAGAUGAUAAUUUGUACUCAGAAGUGAAGAAGAACACAGAUAAAGAUGCUGCCGCUGGACCAAGUGAUGUGACUUGUGUUAAACCUGAACCGAUAAAACCAAAGAAGAAACUUUUUUCUUUAUUUAAAGGAAAGAGCAGUGAGGGAGAUGAUAAUUUGUACUCAGAAGUGAAGGACAACACAGAUAAAGAUGCUGCCCCUGGACCAAGUGAUGUGACUUGUGUUAAACCUGAACUGAUUAAGGAACCAAAGAAAAAUCAAGGGAAGAGCAGUGAGGGAGAUGAUAAUUUGUACUCAGAAGUGAAGAAGAACACAGAUGAAGAUGCUGCCCCUGGAUUAAGUGAUGUGACUUGUGUUAAACCUGAACUGAUGAAGAAACCAAAGAAAAAUAAAGGAAAGAGCAGUGAGGGAGAUGAUAAUUUGUACUCAGAAGUGAAGAAGAACACAGAUAAAGAUGUUGCUCCUGGACCAAGUGAUGUGAAACCUGAAGUGAUGAAGAAACCAAAGACAAAUCAAGAUGCUGCCCCUGGAUUAAGUGAUGUGACUUGUGUUAAACCUAAACUGAUGAAGAAACCAAAGACAAAUCAAGAAAAGAGCAGUGAGGGAGAUGGCAAUUUGUACUCAGAAGUGAAGAAGAACACAGAUAAAGAUGUUGCUCCUGGACCAAGUGAUGUGACUUGUGUUAAACCUGAAGUGAUGAAGAAACCAAAGGCAAAUCAAGAUGUUGCUCCUGGACCAAGUGAUACGACUUGUGUUAAACCUGAAGUGAUGAAGAAACCAAAGAUAAAUCAAGAUGCUGCCCCUGGAUUAAGUCAUGUGACUUGUGUUAAACCUAAACUGAUGAAGAAACCAAAGAUAAAUCAAGAUGCUGCCCCUGGACCAAGUAAUGUGCCUAAAACUGAAGGGAAAAAACUAAAUCCAGGAAAGAGCAGUGACGGAGCUGGCGACAUGUUCUCAGAACUGAAGCGGGCCAUGGAGAAAAAGAGUCAAAUGUCUUCACCCAAGAACUGAUGAAACAGCUGAAGAACAUGGUAAACACGAUUGUUUUGGAGCAGAUUGUAUUUUUAAAAAGAUUGUUUUGCUUAAGGAAAAUUUGAGUAUUGUACAAUCUUUCAUGAUAUAGGAGUAACAGGAAGGUAACUUUAUUAAAAAAAACAUAUUGUUUCUAGAUCUCAGAAUGAGCUAGAAUUAGCUUUAUCCAAGUUAACUUCUCCGAUUUCAUUUUCUGCAUUAGUAUAACACAUAAGCUGGCAGUGUUAAUUACUAGGUGUUCACUGGCAUAUUUUAAUACAAAAAAAAAAGAAGAAAAAGUUUUUCAAGUUAAGAUUCCUUAAAGUGUUUUGUUAGUUUUUUUUUUUUUUUUUUUUUAAACUCAUUUAUACUACAGUUAAACCUUGGA